AUGCUGUCUCUGUUCAGGAUUUACUCCAUCGGGGAGAAACUGGGCAUCAACACCAGCUUUUUUCAGUCGUCCAAAUCCACCAACACCUCUGCGCUUUUACCCGCCGCCGCCGCCCCCCGCCGCCCGCCGCCCCGGCGCCAGCGCCGCACCGCCUUCUCCAGCCGGCACGGCAAGCGGCACGGCAAGAAAUCCCGCCUGCGCUGCAGCAAGAAGCCCCUCCACGUCAACUUCAAGGAGCUGGGCUGGGACGACUGGAUCAUCGCCCCGCUGGAGUACGAGGCCCACCACUGCGAGGGGGUCUGCGACUUCCCCCUGCGCUCCCACCUGGAGCCCACCAACCACGCCAUCAUCCAGACCCUCAUGAACUCCAUGGACCCCGGCUCCACGCCGCCCAGCUGCUGCGUCCCCACCAAAUUGACUCCCAUCAGCAUCCUCUACAUCGACGCGGGCAACAACGUGGUGUACAAGCAGUACGAGGACAUGGUGGUGGAGUCCUGCGGCUGCAGGUAGCGGGGGGGGAUCUCGCCCCCCGACGGCAGCCUCCCCCCUCCCCGGGCGGGAUCCCGCCCCG